GCAGGCCGGCAGGCAGACGGACUCGCAGGCGGGUGGCGGCGGCCGUGCCUGCUGGUGAGGGCGGGAGAGAGUGAGUCACUGAGCGUGUGUGAGGGAGGGAAGGAGCGAGCGGGCGAGCGAGCUGCCCUCGCCGUCCGUCCGCAGCACCAGCCAGGCCCAGCCGCCUCCCCUCUGCCCCGCGCCCAGGCCGGGCCGAGCCGAGCUGGGUCGGGCCCGGGCCAUGCUGCUCACCGUGUACUGUGUGCGGAGGGACCUCUCCGAGGUGACCUUUUCCCUCCAGGUCGACGCCGACUUCGAGCUGCACAACUUCCGCGCGCUGUGCGAGCUCGAGUCCGGCAUCCCCGCAGCCGAGAGCCAGAUUGUCUAUGCUGAAAGACCUCUCACAGACAACCACAGAUCACUGGCUUCUUACGGCUUGAAAGAUGGGGAUGUUGUGAUUUUACGACAGAAGGAGAGUGCAGAUCCUCGACCUCCAGUGCAGUUCCCAAAUUUACCCCGGAUAGACUUCAGUAGUAUAGCUGUGCCUGGCACCUCAAACUCCCGGCAGCGCCAGCAAGCAGGAGCACAGAAGUCGCACUCAUCCCCUGGAGAAAUAGCCUCAUCUCCUCAGGGCUUGGACGAUCCAGCCUUGCUCCGAGACAUGUUGCUGAACAACCCGCAUGAGCUGUCCUUACUUAAGGAACGCAAUCCACCCCUGGCAGAAGCUCUGCUCAGUGGUGAUCUUGAGAAAUUUUCUAGGGUCCUUGUGGAGCAGCAGCAGGACCGAGCCCGGAGAGAGCAAGAAAGAAUUCGUCUCUUUUCUGCUGACCCCUUUGACCUUGAAGCUCAGGCAAAGAUAGAAGAAGAUAUAAGGCAACAGAACAUUGAAGAAAACAUGACAAUAGCUAUGGAAGAGGCUCCGGAAAGUUUUGGCCAAGUAGUGAUGCUUUAUAUUAACUGCAAAGUGAAUGGACAUCCCGUGAAAGCCUUUGUUGACUCAGGUGCCCAGAUGACUAUUAUGAGCCAGUCUUGUGCAGAAAGAUGUAAUAUAAUGAGACUGGUGGACCGUCGGUGGGCAGGGAUUGCUAAAGGAGUGGGCACCCAGAAGAUUAUUGGAAGGGUACAUCUAGCUCAGGUUCAAAUUGAAGGUGAUUUUUUGGCAUGUUCCUUCUCUAUUCUUGAGGAACAGCCUAUGGACAUGCUUCUGGGACUGGACAUGCUUAAACGGCAUCAGUGUUCCAUCGACCUCAAGAAAAAUGUGCUUGUGAUCGGCACCACAGGCUCACAGACCACCUUCCUUCCUGAGGGAGAGCUACCAGAGUGUGCCCGGUUGGCAUAUGGGGCUGGGCGAGAAGACAUGCGGCCAGAAGAGAUUGCAGACCAAGAAUUAGUAGAAGCCCUUAAAAAAUCAGCAGAGGAUGCAGAGAAAAGUGGUAAAGAAUCUACCUCACUGGGAAUGUCAUCAUUACCAACUUCAGAUGGAUUUAACCAUCCAGCCCAUUCUUUAAGACAGAGUCCUGAGAUUGGUAAUCCUAUGAGUCUUGCUCACUCUGUCUCUGCUUCAGUCUGCCCUAUCAAGCCCAGUGACCCAGAUAGCAUCAAACCUAAUGCUGUGAAGGCUUUGAAGGCUUCAGCUGAGUUCCAGAUAAAUUCUAAAGAGAAAGAACAUCUUCCUUUACAGGAUCUUUUUGAUCAUGCUUCUUCAGCAGACCAGAGUCCAGCUAUGCCUUUGCAGAAUUCAUUUGAAGAAGCAGUUGUUGCAGGUAAUCUGGAGAAAUCUGCUGAAAGAAGCACCCAGGGCCUCAAGUUUCUUCUUCACACAAGGCAGGAAGCUAGUUUAUCUGUCACAACUACUAAGGUGCAUGAACCAGAGGUGUUUCUAAGUGAAAAGGGUGGGCAUACCGAAAAUCAGAACCUGAGUCAAGUGAAUGGCCUUCAGCAGCACGAAGAACCAGGGAAUGAACAGCAUGAGGCUGUACAAAACAAUGUUCCAUGUGACCUAGAACAUCUUUGUGACAUAGGAGACCUUGAACUUUCUGGAGAAAGGCAACAGAACCAACCAAGUAUUGAUUUGGAAGUUACGAUGAAAGGAGAAGAUAGACUACAGCAGAAUGUGGAUCUUCCAAGUACAGAGAAAAGUAUUCUACCUUCAGGAUGCUUUGGCUGCUCGAAUUCAGAAACACUUAUGGAAAUAGAUAUAGUUGACCAGUCCCUCGUUGCUGUGCUUAAUUCAUCAGGCAAUCAGAAUGCCAAUGUCAGGAACAUUGGUGCAUCUAAUCUCACUUCAGAUAAUCCCUUGAUGGAAGUAGAAACAUCGAAAUGUAACAUUUCAUCUGAGAUUUUGAGUAAUUCCAUUUCCACUCAGGAUUUACAGCCCCCAGAAAGUAAUGUCGAAAUGUCUGAAACAAGUAAAGAACAUGGCAGUUACUCCCCACCUUUAAGUCUCAGUGGUAGCUGUCAGCCCUCUGUAGAGUCAACAGAAGAAUCUUGUUCAUCUAUAACAGCAGCCUUGAAAGAACUUCAUGAACUUUUGGUUAUUAGUAGGAAGCCAGCUUCAGAAAAUACAUCUGAAGAAGUUAUUUGUCAAUCAGAAACAGUAGCUGAGAGCCAAACAGGCAGUAAGGACCUUUCUGAAUGGUGGACCCCAGAUGAGCAUUUUACCCGGGAUAAGCAGUGUCCACAAGUCUCCUUUCCUCAAGCCACAUCUGUAUCAGUGAAGACAGAAAAAUCAACAGGGACUUUCCCUGGCACUGGAAUUGAAGAUGUAGAAAAUAUUAACUGCAGGGGUCCAGAUGAUGGCCUGUCAACUGAUAAGGAAGGUGUCCCCAAAUCUAGGGAAUCAGUAAGCGAGAGCAGUUCUGUCACUAAAACCUCAGCUAAAAUGUCUGAUCAAUUACGCCACACCUUAGGUGUAGAAAUUUCACCCAGAAUUUUAGCAGGUGAGAAGGAUGCACUGAGUCAGACUUCUGAGCAAACUAAGUCUUUGUCAUCCAGUUUCAUAUUGGUUAAAGACUUGGGUCAGUGCAUACAGAAUCCAAUAAUAGACAGGCCUGAAACCAGAGAAAAUGUCUAUCCUGAGGAUGCAAGGCCAUUUCUUGAAUUUGAAUCACCUGUCAGCCAUUCAUCAUCAAGUCCCUCCAUUCUUCCACGAUUAAUUUUUCCUGCUACAGAUAUUGACCGGAUUCUCCGUGCCGGCUUUACUUUGCAGGAAGCUCUUGGGGCUUUGCAUCGAGUUGGUGGAAAUGCAGACCUUGCACUUCUUGUUUUGCUGGCAAAGAACAUUGUAGUUCCUACGUAACUAUCGGAAAGUGGACUAGAUCAUACUCCAUUCCCUUAAAAAAAGCUCUCUCUAAAUACACACAUAUGCACACUCACCACAUAUACAAUAUAUGUAGAAACCUGCAAGCAGAAUGUUGAGCCAGAUUUUUUUUAAAGAUUUUUUUCGGCCAAAGUAAUCAUUUAUGAUCUCUUGUCUGGUGAAUUUGUCUAUUCUACUUGUUAAAAUUUGGGCCUUUUUUAAUGUAUUUGGCAGUAUGUGCGUACAAAAGCUUUUUAUUCUCAUUGAGACAAUGUAUUCUGGAAUAAAAUGGAAGGUUUUGUGUAUAGCAUUACCAUUUUAGAAUGAGAGUGAAUGCUUUUGAAAAGCAGAAGCCAUGAGAAAUCCCACCACCCAUGCGGCAAAACACAGAUCAACUUCACAUCAUGGCUGUGUGUCUGUGCAGUAGGCAAGGUUUGGCUUGUUGACUCAGUUGUCAGUUUAGAAACUAUUGACCACAUAGUUUGGUGUUUGGAAUUAUACCCAGUGCUCUGUGUAUUAUGAUUAAUUGAUUUAUAACAGGAAAUUGAAGAAUAAUUGAAUAACAUAAAGUAGUAUGUUUUUAUUUGUGUGCUUAGGAUUUGACAUUUUCAUAGGGUGAGUGGUGGGAGGAUUUAAAACUUGGACUACUUUGUUCAUCACAGGCUGCUGCAUGAAUCGCCAAAUAUCUUUUAUUAGUUGGGUUGAAUGUUGUGGGGAAUUAACAUUAGAGUGAAACAUGGUGCUACCCAGAUUAAAAAAGAAAAAAAAAUAACCAUAGUUCCAUUUGCAAAUGUCAAGAACUGUGAUUGAAAAGUAAUGGCCUGAACACUGGAAUUUACUAGAGAUUGGGUUUGUUAGCAUCUCAUUGAUAACACCUCAACUUUUAAUGACUUUAAUGAAUUUAAGUUCAGCUAAUGAGUUUUUUGCCAGCUUAUUUCCUUUCUAAACUCAUCCUGUACUAGGAAGUUCUUUAAAAGCUCAGUGUGAGCUGUGAGAUGAGUGAAAUACUGAAGUGUGAUAACCUUGUCCCUGGUUCAUCUUGGUUCUUGGACAGUCGGUCUGUUUGCUGACUGUCCUUCAUGGCAGUGGAAAUAGUAAUUACAGUUUCUGACUCAAGUGGCCUUGGUAGAGUUUUCCAUCUCUUUCUUUCCUCAGGAGUUUCUUUUUUAAGCAAAAUUCAUUAUAUUUGUGUUUACCAUGUCAAGUUAGAGUGGGGCAUAAUAUAUAGAUGUAUUUAUUGUGGCCUUUUUUUAUAUAAGGACUAGCCCUUGGAAAUCAUUGUCCUGUGGGCCCCACUGUGCAAUAAUCCUAUUGGAUAGGUUUUAGAUAAUUCUUUCCUGGAAAAUAAACUGCUCUCUUAGGUACCUAGAAGGAAUCUGAAAUCUUGGUUUUAUUGAAAAGAAUUCCUGAUUCCAAGUUAUAGUUUGCAACAUGUUUGAAACAGAAGUUUCGAGAGUGAUUUCUGAAAUUAGUGUUAAAUGAUUUUGUCUAAAGUCUGACUCUUUGAAACCUUGUUCUUUCCACCAAAAUUUAAAUCAUUGAGCACAAUCAAAAUGGAGGCUCAUAUCUCAGGAGUUUUUGAUAUUUUAGAGACAUUUCUCUUCUACCGUAUCCCAACUUGUUUCUUUCUCUUAACUAUGAUGUUUGUAUGUGUACUACAGGACGUUAGUGAUGUGAUGGCAAGUCACAUAGAUUCAUCAUGAUCCUUCCUGAAGUUAGGAAAUGGUUGACGGAGGAGUUGUAGUUUACCACUUUCCAGAGGGCGCUCAGAACAGGUUAGCCAGGUUGUCUUUAAGAUGUUCUUUUAGACAAUUACGUGUUGUAGACCCUUUUGCCUGCCCUACACCAAAGAUGUAAGAUGCACUAGGAAACUACUUACAGGAUUUCUGUCAACCAACUCGUAGAGCUGUGAUUGUAAUUAAGUAGUUGGUGCUAUGACUGAAGAAAAAUCUAGUAGCAAUGCAAUGUGGCCCUGUAUUUGCUUUAUGGGUGGUGGUUUGGGAAUGUAUUAUAAGUUUAUAAAUUUUGG